ACCAGAAAGGAACCUCUCUCUCGGCAACUCAAGAGCUCCAAAUAUUCACAUCGAUUGUCAUUGGGUUAAUCUGGGAAGCCAAUUGUAUUUUCAGGCUACCCAUUCAGCCUUAACAGAUAACUGGUGGCGGAACAAGAUUGGCAGCUGCAUCAAUAGAAAGAAUAGACCGAAUGGUAUAUUCAAUGCUUGUUUAUUCUCGCGCGGCCAUGAACAGAUGCGCUCUAAGCGACCGCCCUCAUCUUCCUCUACACGCUUCAGCUUAUCAUCCUCAGCUGCCAAAUCCACAAGCCACUUCUCUACCUUUUCAAGCUGCGUCUACCCAUCGACCUUCCCAGACGAACCAAAACCGUACGUCCUCAAAAAAUGCAUCGCUCUUUUGCUUACUUGUGCUUCCUCCAACUUCAAACUGAAGCAAAUCCAUGCCUUCUCCAUCAGACGCGGUAUCCCCCUCACAGACCCCGACAUGGGCAAACACCUUAUCUUCACCCUUGUGUCCCUCUCGGCCCCCAUGACUUAUGCUCACCACAUCUUCUCCCAAAUCCAAAACCCAAAUAUCUUUACUUGGAACACCAUGAUUAGAGGCUAUGCUGAGAGUGAAAACCCCAGACCAGCGGUUGAACUGUACCGCCAAAUGCACAUAACUUCUGUUGAACCUGACACACACACAUACCCGUUUCUUCUAAAAGCAAUUGCGAAGGUAAUGGCUGUUAGAGAGGGUGAAAAGAUACAUUCCAUUGCUAUGAGGAACGGGUUCGAGUCACUGGUCUUUGUGCAGAACACAUUGCUACAUAUGUACGCGGCUUGUGGGCAUGCCGAGAGCGCAUACAAAUUGUUCGAGUUUAUGCCUGAGAGGAAUCUUGUGACAUGGAAUUCAGUGAUAAAUGGGUAUGCCCUUAAUGGGAGGCCGAAUGAAGCGUUAACCCUUUUCAGGGAAAUGAGUUUGGAGAGUGUUGAACCGGAUGGGUUCACCAUGGUCAGCCUGCUGACUGCCUGUGCUGAGCUUGGAGCUCUGGCAUUGGGUAGGAGGGCCCAUACUUACAUGUUCAAAGCUUGUUUGAAUGAGAAUUUGCAUGCUGCCAAUGCCCUUGUUGAUUUCUAUGCAAAGUGUGGCGGCAUUAGGGAUGCACAACGGGUAUUUGAUGAAAUGGUGGAAAGGAGUGUAGUUUCAUGGACUUCCUUGAUUGUUGGGCUGGCUGUUAAUGGUUUUGGCAAGGAAGCAUUGGAGCUUUUCUGGAUGCUGGAAAGAGAGGGGUUAGCGCCUAGUGAGAUCACUUUUGUUGGGGUCCUGUAUGCAUGUUCGCAUUGUGGAAUGGUAGAUGAAGGGUUUGGAUACUUUAACAGGAUGAAAGAGGAAUAUGGCCUUGUGCCUAAGAUAGAACACUAUGGUUGCAUAGUUGAUUUGCUGGGGAGGGCAGGUAGGGUAAAAGAAGCAUAUGACUUUAUUCAAAAAAUGCCUUUGCAGGCCAAUGCUGUUGUUUGGAGGACCUUAUUAGGAGCAUGUGCAAUACAUGGACAGUUGACCCUGGGGGAGGUUGCUAGAACCCGACUUCUGCAAUUAGAACCUAAACACAGUGGGGAUUUUGUACUCCUUUCCAACCUCUACGCAUCUGAGCAGCGUUGGUCAGAUGUGCAAAAAGUGAGGAGAACAAUGCUGAGGGAAGGGGUGCAGAAAACUCCAGGGCUUAGCCUUGUUGAGUUGGGAAAUUGUGUCCAUGAAUUUGUCAUGGGAGAUAGAUCUCAUCCCCAAAGUGAGGAAAUAUACGCAAUGCUUAGGGAGAUCACAAAGAAGUUGAGACCAGAGGGUUAUGUACCUCAUACAGCAAAUGUGCUUGCAGACAUAGAGGAUGAGGAGAAGGAGAAUGCUUUGCAUUAUCACAGUGAGAAGAUUGCAAUUGCCUUUAUGCUGAUUAAUACGGCACCAAGGACCCCUAUUAGGGUGGUAAAGAAUUUGAGGAUCUGUGCAGAUUGUCAUUUGGCAAUUAAGCUCAUAUCAAAGGUUUUUUACCGGGAGAUUACUGUUAGAGAUCGUAGCCGAUUUCACCAUUUCACAGAUGGAUCUUGCUCUUGUAAAGAAUAUUGGUAAUAUAUAUGGGAUGGUCAGUAUUUAUGGGCUAAAUUCAUGUUUGGAUAAACACACAAUUUAAAGAGCUCCUAUUCGGGUUCUUCUGGGGGACUUAUUUCAAAUGCAAAAAUCUUCUACUUUCAUUGUGAUGAUGGGAUUUGGAAAGCCUGAAAUGCCGUUUCACCAAAUGACUAACUGUACUUAGUGUUUUGAGAAAUGCAGCUCAUCUGACUGAUAAGCAUCCUUGAAAGCUGUUAUCGAAUAAUGUGCUGCAAUUACAGUGGGCCCUCUCCCCUUGCCUUUGCUUUUUCUCUUCCUGCUGAUCCAAUAACUGAAGGCAUUUUCACUAGUGUAUCAUUGGGGUUCAGUCAUACUGGUAGGGGAUGCUAGGGGCAUAAUGGAAGCAGCAGGUAUUGGCGUAUUGCUGUUCUGUUGGCUUUGUUCCUGUUUAGCUGCUCUGCACGCAUUUGCUCUAUCAUGUUCAGCAGUUUUGCCUAUGUUUCCUAGCUAGUUAAUUGUGCUGCAAUGUUCAAUGAUAAUCUUCCUAAGAUUA